GAAGCAAUCGGUGCAGGCUCUAGCGUACUGGCCUUUGUCUGCCUGGCCCUCAAAUCGGCAAAAGCUAUUCACUCUCUCCUCUCGGCGGUGAGAGAUGGCCCCCAGAAUGUCCACCAUCUCGUCGACGACAUCGCUCAGCUACAGAGUAUUCUAGAGCGUCUGUCGCACUUGAAAUCUGGAUCGAUCACCCAGACGGACGCGUUGGCGCUGCAGGAUACAGCGAGGCGCUGCGCGAGCGACAUGGACCAUCUUGAGGUAAGGCUGCAGCGCCUAAGCAUAUCGCCAACCGAAGGACACGCCGGCAAGUUGUGGAAGAGACUAAAGAUUACCAUUGGCGAGAAAGACCUGGACCACAUGAGAAGCGUCGUCCACAGUCACGCCUUGAUGCUCAACGUCAACUUGGGCAUGUCGCAGGCGGCACAAAUGUCUGCGUCGCAAGCGCAACAGUCCGAGAUUCUUGAGAUGCUAAAACAGCUCCAAAGGGAAGUGGUGGUUCUCCGGGAGACUGCGGACUCGACCGGUGCUAGGCCGACCGGCUUCCUCGCGACAGACGCGACGACCAUCGACCCUCCAGGAACGCCUGCCGUCGAUCCGAAGCUUGAUGAAAGCAUCUCUCGCCUAAUUGCACUCGUCACCGAAAAGGAGCACACAGUCGCAUCUAAAGACGCGCAGCAGAUGAUCGAUGAUCUCCAGACUCUUCUGGAGUCAGCCCAGAAGCAAGAGUCUAUUGCAUCAAUGCCGACGCCGCCAACUGAAACAGAUGCUUCUUCAGAGGACCAGCCAAACGACCCGACGCAAAGCAUUUCUCGGGAAUUGAUGUUCUCCGCACCAUCGAUAGGCAUCAACAAAAACGGCCCAUCUCGGUUAACUUCCUCGAUUGAUCUUGGGACAGCAAUAACGCAAGAUCGAAAGCGGAAGUCCAUCGACAUCUCUGGGGGUGCCUUGACCAUUUACACCAAUCGAAGAACUCGCCGCCGCCGAGAACCCCUCGGCGACAGAGAGAACGGCAAUGACGACAUACAGAUUGGACGAGACUUCAUUGCCAAGAUUCAAUUUCGGCCGAAAAACUCCCAGUCAAUGCUUGAAGUGACGGUGAGCCAGGCCCAGCUCCUCGCCGGCAGUUUCCUGAGCAUCCCAAACCUAUCUGUCAACAAUGUCAUCCCACGCAACUCCGAGGUAUUCAAGCUUGCGCAGCAGGGCAGAACUGACGACAUCCUGGCGCUGAUCGCGGACGGCAAGGCCAGUCUUCGCGACCGCGAUGAGCUCGGCUGGUCCCUGCUACAUCAUGCUUGCGAAUGGCAAGCGUUUACGUUGUGCAAGUUUCUCAUUCAAAAUGGUCUUGAUGUCGACGAAGGUAACCCCAUUGCACCUUGCCAUCGACCACCCAGUGGUGGGUGCACUCAGGUUCUCUUGCAAGCUGGGGCGGAUCCUAGCUUUCCUGUUGGAGAUUGGGUGGGCGUGAUAUUUCAUUGCCAUUUUGUGGCUAUUCUGAUCAACUCUCAGUCAUAUGGUAUUCUUCGAGAUAUCUUCAAUUUCGUCCCACAUCUUGCAGACCUACGGCUGAGGGAUCGUUGGGGCCGGUCCCCCUUCCUAGCGGCGUGCUCUCUAGUCGGCUACUCCGCUGCCUUCGAAUCUGGAGUCACUGUUCAAAAGAUGGCACUUCUGUUAGACAAAGGAGGUAGCAUCCAUGAACGAGACUCCGGGGGUCGCACAUGCCUGCACCUUUUAUUUUCUUGCCCCCUUUGGGCCCUGUCCAAAAAUCGGUGGAAAGAUCCUUUGAUAUAUCUCAUUCGCCAAGGAGCAGACGUUCAUGCAAAGGACGAUUUUGGAUUGUCUGUCUCAUAUUAUGCAUAUACAAAGAGCUGUCGCGAUGAAAGGCCAUUGUCCUACCGAGGAGACCUCUGGGACGCCGCGCUCGAUGCUUGUGGCCAUGAUAUUCGGGAAUUCAGAAAGGGCUAUCCACGGACGGCGAGAUAUACUGCCAUAUACAAGCGCCCUGACUUUGAAGCGCUUUGGAAGGGUCGCGAGGACAGAUGCCCUUACUGGAAAGAUACAGAUUGGUCGAGUCCCGGCGACGAGAUGAGCGGACAAUAUGGCCAAAGUGGCAGCGCGGAGGUGAUAUGUCACUGUGAUGGGGAUCAUUGUUACUACGGAUAUGAGACUGAGACGCAACAUUCUCCAUCGUGGAGCGAGGACAAUGGACGCGAUGACAAAAUCGGAGGGGCGGAUCUUGCCUUCGAAUUCCCUUCCAACGGUCUCUCAUCGCAGGCCUCUAUGCCUGGGACCGCUUCGCCGCGCAGUGCAUCCCCGGAGCGUCAACACCAACCGUCAAACUGGGCUUCACCGACCGCUGAUGAACUCCACAUUGAACAAAUCGGCGAGGCGGCGUCCCUUGCGCACCAUCAGCAGGAUUUUUUCGCAUUCCAACACGGAGAGCUAGUGAACAACCCCUGGUCGGACGUUGUGCUUGGAAGAGUUACCGAAGUGGAGGGUGACGGGGAUGAUAACGAGGCUGAGGCGUUUCUGCCAUGGAUUGAGUGAGGUAAUUAGACUUCGGGGGAAAAAUUAGAUCGGCGUCAUAGGGAAUCAUCGUGGCGAGUCAACCGGCGUAUGGAACAACAGUCAUAUGAAUUGAAUGGACAUGAACGCGGGCGGCGCUGCACCGUCAGAGCCAAUUCGGACAUUAGAGGUAUUAACGGCUCGUAGAUUUCUAGU